CACCGAACUUCAUUUUUCCCCUUCAAGCUUUCGAUAGCCAGAUUCAUCAUCAGCCUUCAUCACUUUGCCGCAACCAAGCCGUUCGAGUCGUGAAGGAAUCUUGUCCUCUCUCCCAAUCAACCUCCAAAUCCCAUACACGGUCCAUCCAACCCAACAAAACCGUCAUCAUGUCUUACAACAAGGACAAGGACUUCGGCGAGGCGCCCAAGACGCACAAGAUCCGCAUCACCCUCUCCUCCCGCAAGGUCCAGUCCCUCGAGAAGGUGUCGGCCGAGCUCAUCGAGCGCGCCAAGUCCAAGGACCUCCGCGUCUCCGGCCCCGUCCGUCUGCCCACCAAGACCCUCAAGAUCACCACCCGCAAGACCCCCUGCGGUGAGGGUUCCAAGACCUGGGACUGCUUCGAGAUGCGCAUCCACAAGCGCCUCAUUGACCUCAACGCCCCCACCGAGAUUGUCAAGCAGAUCAUCAUCAACAUCGAGGCCGGUGUCGAGGUCGAGGUCACCAUCGCCGCAUAAGCGAUUCCUCUCUUGAUGGAGACUUGAGACGGGACGGUUUUUGUUGUAGGAGGGAACACCGACGGCUUUUAUGGGCUUUUUGGGCUUGGGAAUGCCGCGCCGUGGGUGCUGAUCUGGGGGUUAGUUUGCCGAAAGGUUCCGACUCCCUAGACACACCAGCGGAGGCGGCGGGACGAGUUUGGAGGUCUAGAUACCACCCGAAUCAACU